UGGACGCGACGUCAACUGUUCCUUGGGGGUCAGACAGUUUGCCAUCGUCGGCGUCCAAAUGCAUGGAACGUGUUCGUUCGUCAACGACUCAAUGAUAUAAAUGAAGGUACGUGCCUAUCGAAGGGUGACCGUUGGAAACUUACGGAGUUCAUCGACUCUCACAAUGAAACUCUGUGCGUCGACUAUGCAAGACUCUCCCGCGCUCAAAAGAAUGCUCUUGAGGUUGAGAUCAUGAAGAUGCGUGCCUCCAAGCAAUGCAUGGUCCGUGAUAACCCGAAGGCAGUCCAGCGUGACAUGCAGGCCACUUUUGCUGCUAUGGACCAAGAGACAAGGCCAAGAAGUUUGUGCGAGCCGUUCUGGAUCUUGAGCCUCGGCGCCUGGCCUGAGGAUGUAUCUGCUAUGUCAACCCAGAAAAAAUCCCUCAACAAGCUAAUUAGCGAGUGUCAGACGCACAUCCAAGAUGAGCUUGACUUUAUCAUGCGUGAAAACAAACUCGCUGACCACAUGAAAAUGAACUAUAACAACUAUGAGCAUGCUAUUGUUGAACAUCACAGUGUGGUGCUUGAUGGU